GUAAAUAGUUACGGGCACGGACUAAGGUCUAGUGAAAAUUUGUUGCUAUGGUUUCGGAUCUAACAGACAAGUAUGCAAGUCUGGGAUGACAGCCUUAGUAGCUAAAAAUCCCUUAACCCGCUCAUUCAAUCAAAAUGGAGAAAUUUACAUCUGAAAAUUACAUAAAUAAACUUUUAUGUAAUUAUCAUCAAAGGAACGAAGGUAUUAUUUGAGGCAUACUGAAUGCAUAUUAGAUUAGAAGUCCUACUUUUAUGUUGCAUUGAAAGUUUGAAAAAGGAGAACUUCUAGUUCAGCAGGCUUAAUUAAUCCAGCAGUUACCUAGUCAGAAAUUCACUGCUAAUUAUGGAUCAAUAUUCUGUCAUUGGAAGAAUUGAUGAAGGAGCACAUGGCAUUGUGUUAAAAGCCAAACAUAAAGCUACAGAUGCCAUUGUUGCUUUAAAAAAGAUUCCAUUAAAAAAUCUAGAUGAAGGAAUUCCAUGUGUAACCUUAAGAGAAAUAAAAGCUUUGCAACAAAUGAACAAUGAAAAUAUUGUUAAAUUUUAUGAUGUGUUUUCUUAUGGAGCUGGUGUUGUACUAGUAUUUGAGUAUAUGCCCACAGAUCUUUCCAUUCUUUUACGAGAUACUGAAAAUCCAUUGACAGACUCUCAAAUCAAGGCUUAUCUUAUAAUGCUUUUAAAAGGAGUAUCUUAUUGCCAUAAUUUAGGCAUAAUGCAUAGAGAUCUGAAGCCAGCUAAUUUAUUAAUUUCAUCUAGUGGUCAUUUGAAAAUUGCUGAUUUUGGUCAAGCAGAUUUAUGUGGGAAAGAGCGUCAAAGCUAUAGCCAUCAAGUAGCUACUCGAUGGUACAGAUCUCCUGAAUUGUUAUAUGGAUCUAGAUCAUAUGAUGAAGGAGUAGAUUUAUGGGCUGUUGGAUGUAUAUUUGGUGAAAUGCUAAAUAAGUUCCCCUUGUUUAGGGGAGAAAAUGAUAUAGAACAAUUGUGCUUAGUUCUUCAGACACUAGGCACUCCUUCUGAAGAAGUUUGGCCUGAAAUGACAGAACUGCCAGAUUACAAUAAAAUCUCUUUUCCUGAAUAUAAAGCCGUUCCAUGGGAAAAAUUAUUUCCUGACAGCACUGAUGCUGCAAGAAAGCUUUUAAAAGAAUUUUUGGUUUAUCCAUCUGAUAAAAGAAUCAAGGCUGAGCAGGCUUUGCUUCAUGAAUAUAUUUUCGAGUACCCUGCUCCUUGUUGCGAAUGUGAUUUACCGAAACCAAAUAUUAAUAAACAUGGAUUUUUACCAAACAUUCCUUCACCAAAACUGAAAAUAUCUGACAAUAUUGACACCAUUACGAACUGUUUAAAGACUGUGCAUUUUAAUUAAUCUAAUACGUAAUGUUUAGAAUAAAAAAUUAUUUUUUUACUGUA